UUGACGCUCCUGACGGAGCACGUCGACUCGAUGAGUGCCGCGGCAGACGACGUGCAAGCGAGGCUGCAUGCCGCGGCUUCGGCAAGUGCGUACCUGCGCGAGCAUGCCGUCGGACUGCAACGACAGCGGACAACGACGGCCUCGCAAAGCACACUGCUCUCGCUCUUCCUCGCACGCUUCACGCUCACCGAGGCAGAGGCCGAAGCCGUGACGUCGCGCGCCGUUCCCAUUGGCACAGAGUUAUUCGCCGCGCUCGACCGGCUCGCGCAGAUCCGCUCCGACUGUGCCGUGCUGCUCGUGGGCCGCGAGGAGGGGGAGCAGGGCGGCAUGCGUGCCGGCAUGGACAUUAUGGAUGCCUCGGCGGCGCAGCUCGAUGCGGCACAGACAAAGAUGGCGCGCUGGCUCCUGUUUGAGUUUCGCCAGCCGUUCAGGGAGGGCGCAGAGGUGGGCGGGACGAUGCGCGAGGCGGUGAGGAGACUGGAGGCGAGGCCUGAUUUGCUCAGGCCCGCGCUCCAGAUCCUCGCCGCCACUCGCGCCAGCAAUCUCUCCGCCGCCUUUCACGCCGCGCUCACUCAAGGCGGAGGCGCCCCCUCGUUCCUGCCGCGCCCCAUCGAGGUGCACGCACACGAUCCGCAGCGCUACGUCGGCGACAUGCUGGCAUGGGUGCAUCAGGCCGUCGCCUCGGAGCGCGAGUUUCUCGUGGGCCUCUUUGGCAGGGAGGCGGAGGUGGAGCCGGGCGAGCGAGGAGGCAGACGCAUGGGAGAGAAGAGACGCGGCAUUGAGAGUGUCGACUGGACAAAGGGCCGCGGCGAAGAGGAGCGGCGCGUAAGAGAGGUGCUGGAUCGCGUGAUGGAGGGCUGUGGGCGGCCCCUCAAGCUGCGCAUCGAGCAAACAGUCAACUCGCAAGAGGGAUGCAUCACCACGUUCCAUCUGGCCAGCCUGGUGCACUUCUACCGCGUCACGAUGGACCACACCGUCGGCUCGAAAGCGAGUCUGAGCCGCAUCCUUGCCGAGUGCGUCCAGACAUCCUACGAGGCCUUUCUGCGCACGCUCGAUCGUCUUGCCGCGGGCCUCGAGCGCAUCUCGGAGCCGCCGUCGGCGUCGCUGGAUGCGCCGCCGCCGCUGCUCGGCGCGUGCAGCACGCUCAAGGAGCUGCUCGCCGUGCACCAGUCUUCCCUCUCCGAGCAGGACCUCUUCCCCGGCAGCGAGGCAAGUGCGGCGACGAGCAGCAGCGGCGGCCCCAAUCUGGCAAACGUGCUCGGCCGCAUCGUCGAUCCCCUGCUGGCGCUCUGUCGCCGCAUGGCCGAGGCGCAUGCAGGCGCAUGGGAGGCCUCCCUCUUCCUCACCAACUGCCUGUCGCAUCUCAAGGCCGUCCUCUCGCCGUAUGCGUUUGCCGAGCAGACCGUCAGGGACGUGGAGAAGGACAUUGCCGAGCAGAUCCUACACAUGACCGAGAGCCAGUAUGUGCACCUUCUCGGCGAGAGCGGCCUCGCCUCCAUUCUCGACGCAAUCGAAAAUCGGCCGCCAGGGAUUGCGCUUGCGCAACAGGCCGGUGCCACGCCCGAUGCACUGGCAAAGCAGCUGGCCAAGCUCGAGGCGUUCCUUGGCUCGCCGCAGCUCAUUGCGCCGGCGCGCCUCGCGCUGCUCUCGGCGCCCUCGCUGCGCGCCGUCGUGCACGCCGGCUCGCUGCGGCGCCUGGCGCGUGCGUAUGCGCGCAUCGAGGAGGAGAUCCGCCUGCCGACGAGCGCGUAUCCGGCGGGCGUGAUGAAGAGGAGCGCGGCUGAGAUCCGCCUGCUGCUGGGUAUCGAGGAGGAGAGAGAAGAUGUGCCGGAGGAGACGAGCAUCGCUGAAGCUGUGGCCGAAGCCGAGCCACCCGCCGGCGAGCGGUAG